GCGCCUUCUCUCGUGCAGGAAGCAGGAGCGACGCUGACGCCGUAGUCGCACGUUGAGCGCCUCGCCUCACCCCACUGCUGGUGAUUUGUGAGAGGUCACAGGCCUCCGUAUUGCAAAGAAGCAACAUAACAAGGAGAGAUUCAUUUCGGUACCUUCGACUUCGCCAUGCGGACUGCAAAGACGAAUGGGGGGCCGAACCUUGCCUCCCCCUCCGCAGCAACCAGCACCAACAGGAGCAGCAGCGGCCCCAACCGUGGCGCGUCGGACGGCCACACAUUUCCUUCUCACGCGACCGGCGGGCUUUCCUUGUCAGGCGAGGCAUCGCUCGCUUCUCAGGAUCUGGUCCGGCAGCUGCUGUGUAUCGCUCGCGGCGACCUUUCCACCGCCGUCGCGCUCGGCACCGCCGACGCAAACCCGCAGUGUGCCGACACGCUCAGCGGACCCACCGCGGCAGGCGGGCGGCCCUCGAGUGGUUCACCGAGCGAUACCGGCGGAGGUGGCAGCGGCAGCGGCGACGACGCCGCGAAGCGUGACGCGCAGGCGAGGACGGCGGCUGUGCGAGGAGCGGCAUCUCUUGGCUUUUCGAGCGUCCCUCAACCUGUGCCAGUGCGCUGUGCUACCGACAACUCUGCACUGCUGCAGUCCUCUGCACCGCAGGCUGCCGACGGCGUCACCGCCAUUUCCACAUUAGCUCUACCUGCUACUGCCGGGAGUGCAGCUGCGAGGGAAGCGCCGUCGUGUGCUUCGACCGAUGCAGGGGUCGGCGCCUUCUACCUCACCGCCUUCGUUGCCCGCGCCUUACACAUGGAGGAUUACUGGGUCAGCCUUGCCCAUCAAAUCGAGGUGGACCAACACGUGGAGUUCAUUCAGUUCUGCGCCGACGCCGGCUUUGGCACCCUCAAAACGAUUCAUCUGCUGCAGUGGUGGAAGCAGUAUCGUGCGCUGGUGCGGGACGUGCGUGCGACGCACUCCCUGCAGCUGUCGGAUGGAAACCCGCAGGCGCCCCCGCCGCCGUCGUCGCCGUCUGGCCUGGUGGAGCCGACGAGCGCCGCUGUCGUCGCAGCUGGCGGCGGUGGCGAGAGCAACACAGCAGCCGUCACCGGAGCAGCGGGGAGAGACGCAGCUGCGGGAGGCGCAAAAGGGGCACCAAAGAAAGGCCGUCGUGUCAGUGCCGCAGGCGGAACAGCUGCCGCAGCGGCGGCGUCGGAUGCGGAGGCUCGAGCUGCUGCCGCGGCUUCUCCCCACCCGUCUGCCACCCCCGCGACGGCCUACCGCUCACACGACGAGGCGGUGCGGAUGGAACUACAGCGCUUUGUGCAGUGGGAGUUGGAGCACGAGUACGGUUGGCGUCUCGUUCCGCGCGAGCCGUUCUCCGCCGUGCCAUCCGGGCUGUUCCCCCCAUCAGCCGGGGCUGCAGCGACAGCAUCAUCCGCCGCUGGCGCAGCAGCCGCCGUGGCAGCGACAGGCACCGUCUCUUCCGCGUCUUCUCAGGCGGCCGGGGGCAAAACUUCUAAGGCCGACAAGGCGAAGAUGCAGCUACAGCAGCAGCAGGAGCUGGAGCUGGAGGAGCAGCGACUGGCCCGCAUCGCCGCCCUGCCGCGGGAAAAUAUUUUCCUCACCACCGCAGAAGUCGACGGCUUCGUGCGGGUGGUGGUGACGGAGGACCUAUUAGCGCACGCUGCGCUGCACGCCUAUGUGGCGACGCAGGCGUGUCAGCCCCCUCACACCCUCGCCCACGCCGCAGCGGCGCCAGUGUUCUUCUCGGUGCAGGUCGAAGUGCCCAUGUCGGUGCCGCCGCUGAAGGAGGCUACCAAGCUCGUUGCUGCUGCCGCUGCAGCCCCGGCGACGGCCACGACGUCCGGCACCCGGCUCAGCGGCGAUGCCGCCGAUGGACACCACAUCAGCAGCACCAGCGGCACCGGCCAGCGCUCGCCGCUGCGGCCACCGAGCAACGCGCAGUCGAAGCCGCGAUCGAGGGGCAAUUCCAAGCCUCCAGCCGCCGCCGCCGCAGCGGCGGGCACCACCGCGACGACAACCGCAGCGGAGGGGGACCGUGGCAGUGAGGAGCUUUCCUCCACCCUGCAUGGCCGGCCCUUGGUGCUGUCCGCCAUGGAGGCCCUCCGCGCGGAGCAGGCGAAGGAGGCGGCCGCGUACGCUGCGGCCUACGCGGAGGAGUUGGCGUACACCGCAGCGCAGAAGCAACAGGCGCAGCACGCCGCCGAUGUGGACCUCUUUUUUGAGAAGUCAACCACCAAGACGGCGGUGCGGGCAGUUUACGAGAGCAUGGAGGACGCCGUGUCGGCCCGACAGCAGCGCAUUCUGCAACGUGUGACCGCGCUGGAGCAGACGCUGGGUUUGACGGAGGGAGGCAGCGUUGAGGGCGGCGGCGCAGCAGCAGCAGCAGCAGCAACGACGACGACGGGUGGGAAGCCCGGUGCGGCGAAGGCGCAGUGA